UCAAGCAAGAUUUUUGCAGUUCCCAAAGCAUCUAAAACUCUCACAUUCUAAGGUUGCUUAUAUAAAUUAAAUUAUCUCCUCUCUGUCUCUCAAACUGAAAGAAGAUCGAUCCGAACAGAUUAUAAUUAAAAAAAAAAAGGAAAAGAAAAAAGCCAUGGCAGACUUACUUACUUCCUUGAGGUCUCUUAUGUCGUCUCAUUCUCCUCCUCUUGAUGCCUUAGUUGUUCCCUCUGAAGAUUAUCAUCAGAGUGAGUACGUUUCUGCUCGUGACAAGCGGCGUGAAUUUGUUUCCGGUUUCACUGGAAGUGCAGGUUUGGCGCUUAUUACAAAGAAUGAAGCAAGGCUUUGGACCGAUGGAAGAUACUUUUUGCAGGCAACACAACAACUCAGUGAUCAGUGGAUACUUAUGCGUAUAGGAGAGGACCCUUCUGUGGAUACUUGGAUGGCUGAUAAUCUGCCGGCAAAUGCAUCUGUUGGUGUUGACCCGUGGUGUGUAUCAGUAGACACGGCACAGAGAUGGGAGGGUGCUUUUGCUGAGAAAAAGCAGAAGUUGGUUCAAACUGCAACCAACUUGGUAGAUGAGGUUUGGAAAAAUCGACCACCAGCAGAAACAAAUCCAGUUGUAGUCCAUCCUUUGGAAUUUACAGGUCGUUCAGUUGCAGACAAGUUGAAGAAUUUGAGAGUAAAACUUAAACACGAGAAAGCUUGUGGGAUGAUCAUUGCAACACUAGAUGAGGUUGCUUGGUUGUAUAACAUCCGUGGUAAUGAUGUAUCAUACUGUCCUGUUGUCCAUGCAUUUGCUAUAGUUACAUCCAACUCAGCCUUCCUUUACGUGGACAAGAGAAAGGUCUCUACUGAGGUAAGCUCUUAUUUGGAGGAUAAUGAAAUUGAAGUUCGGGAGUACACUGCAGUGAGUCCAGAUGCUGUCUUGCUUGCGUCUGAUAAGCUUCACUCAUCUGUAGUCAAAGGAAACUCUAGUGAGACUGACGUAAGUCGAAAUGAUACAGCUGAACCAGAAGGAAAGAAAAUUGAUUUUAUAUGGGUUGAUCCUGGUUCUUGCUGCUAUGCAUUAUACUCAAAGUUGAAUUCUGAGAAAGUGCUUUUGAAGCAGUCACCUCUGGCCCUUGCAAAAGCUCUAAAGAAUCCCAUUGAGUUGGAUGGCUUAAAAAAGGCACACAUUCGUGAUGGUGCUGCUGUUGUGCAAUAUCUUGUCUGGUUGGAUAAGCAGAUGCAGGAGAUUUAUGGGGCUUCUGGUUACUUUUUGGAGGGGGAGAGUGCAAACAAGAAAAAGGAUAUCAGGGAAACUAGGAAAUUGACUGAGGUGACUGUAAGUGAUAAGCUGGAAGGUUUUCGAGCAUCAAAAGAGCACUUUAGAGGCUUAAGUUUCCCUACAAUUUCAUCAGUGGGUCCAAAUGCUGCAAUCAUCCAUUAUUCUCCACAGGCCGAAAGUUGUGCUGAGCUUGAUCCAAAAAGCAUCUAUCUCUUUGAUUCAGGAGCUCAGUAUCUGGAUGGGACAACUGAUAUAACUCGCACUGUCCAUUUUGGAAAACCAUCAGCGCAUGAGAAAGCAUGCUAUACUGCAGUUCUCAAGGGUCACAUUGCCCUCGGUAAUGCCCGUUUUCCCAAUGGGACAAAUGGUCAUGCCCUUGACAUUCUUGCUCGCAUCCCUUUAUGGAAGGACGGUCUUGACUACCGGCAUGGUACUGGUCAUGGAAUUGGGUCCUACUUGAAUGUUCAUGAAGGGCCCCAUUUAAUUAGUUUCAGGCCACACGCUCGCAAUGUGCCACUACAAGCUUCUAUGACUGUAACAGAUGAACCUGGAUACUAUGAGGAUGGAAGCUUUGGCAUAAGAUUGGAGAAUGUGCUUAUAGUUAAGGAUGGUAAAACGCCAUUCAAUUUUGGUGAGAAGGGCUACUUAUCAUUUGAGCACAUUACAUGGGCACCCUAUCAGAACAAGUUAAUUGACGUGAGCCGGUUAUUGCCCGAUGAGAUAGACUGGCUGAACACAUAUCAUUCAAGAUGUAGGGAUAUAUUGGCCCCAUAUUUGGAUGAAUCUGAGAAGGCAUGGCUGAAGAAAGCCACUGAACCUAUAUGCGCAUGACAUCUUUGCUUCUAGGUGGAGCUUUUCUAUUCUUUCCCCAUUCCCUUCUCUGUGUGCAAAAGGGAAAAUAAAGAGAAGGAAGACUGAUAGCUUAGUUUGUUACUUUCACUGUUUCCUCCAUGUGGGUUUUACUUCUGCUACGGCGAUUAAUUAUAAGGGAAGAUUACAAGGGAAAAAAAAAAAGAAGAAAUAAAAAAACAUGUGGUCUGCAAUUUACAUAUUUUA